AUGAAGGUGAGAUAGGUAACGCAAAACCAGUACACAAAAUGUUAUCUCUCAUUAAAAUUAUACCAUAAAAACUCGGAAUAAAACACUUUGGUUUUUAUUAGUCGUAUUUAAGUAGUCAAAUGUGGUACAUGUACGGACGAAGCACUCGUAAUUCAAUUACACACAAUACACGUGUAUGUAACACCUUUGCCCAUUCAAGUACAUACAUACACAAUCGCAAGAUCGAACUUACAAACACAUCGUAUCGUCGCGGACUACACAGGACAGCGAAGAAGUGUAAGUUUUAAUAUCUCGGCGAAUACAGUUUCGUAUUUUGGUCAACGAAUCAGCUCGAUAUAAUACUCAAUGAAGGAGAUGAAAAUCAAUUCCCAACAAUUCAGGUCGACGAAACCGAACUCGAUGUUAUUUUAAGACCAUUAGUCGAACAAAAAAAUCACUCAAGAUGAGGGACGAUUUACUACUCAUCAAGGGUCAUUUCUUUUUCCUAUUCGCCGCUUUAGGACCGAUAUUACCGUUUAUCAGCGUGAUCGGUAAACAAUUAGGCAUAUCUGAGGUAGCGAUGGGAACCAUUUACGCUGUAAUUCCGUUACUGUAUUUUAUCACGAAGCCGGUGUACGGAUUUAUCAUAGAUUACUUCGUCAGACAGCGUACUUUUAUAUUCACGUUGACGGUGGCUUUGAUGGGUGUAUUCUACUUACUGAUUUACUUCGUUCCUCACACUCCGUUACAGAAGAACACUCCAACCAGCAAUACCACCAAUAUAUCCUGCACAUCAGUAUUAUUCUGUGAUUUACAUAAACAAGAUUACCCUAAUUGGACGGUGAAUCAGAUCUGCAGUUUAACAUGUAAGAAUGGCGCCAUACAAGAGACUGAUGUCGAACUAAGGCUGUCACCAGAACUGUGUAAUAACACGGCUCAUGAUAUAAAUUUAAAUACUCGAUGCAAUGUUACCGAAACGGAUUGCGACGUCGAUUGUAAAUACUUGAGUCCGGUAUCGUUCGUACCGUUGGAAACACUCUAUCGAACAUCUUCGUUUUGGAUUUUUGUACUUUUAAUGGCCCUAGGAUCCAUCGGAUUCAAUAUAGUGAACACCGCCAGCGAUGCUAUUUGCUUUAACGCCUUAGGAGACGGAAAUGAAAUGAAAUACGGUAGUCAACGUAUGUGGGGAACGGUAGGAUACGGUAUUACCGCUUUUCUGGCUGGCUACUACAUCGAUCAUUUAUCCAAGGGAUUGACAGUGAAAAAUAACACGCCAGCGUUCGUUUUGUUGAUGUUUUUCAUCUCGCUUGAUAUCAUUGUAUGCUCAAGACUUAAAUUCGCGCCGAUACCGAAUUCCCAUCGAAUUGUCAGAGAAGCCUGUCAAGUUUUAAGGAAACCGCAUGUCAUGAUCUUCGUAUUUUUCUCGCUCAUCAUAGGACUUUGCGACGGAUUCUUGGUCUAUUAUUUAUUCUGGUACAUGGAAACAGUCGCGAACGAAAGCGGCUAUUACAAUAAAAUCCGUCUAAUAGAAGGUCUCACCGUACUAGUCCAGUCUUUCGGAGGAGAACUAUUAAUGUUUCCAUUAUCUGGAAAAAUUAUUAAAAAAAUUGGUUACGGUAAUUCAUUGACGAUGUGUUUCCUGUUCUUCGCGGUGCGAUUUCUCGCCCUAUCAUUCAUUCCAAAUCCUUGGUGGACACUGCCUAUCGAAAUGGUGUUAUUCGGAGUCACGUAUGCUUUCUCGUACUGUACCAUUGUCGCCUACGUUAGCACAAUAAGCUCGACUAAGAUACGAGGCACGAUGCAGGGCAUUGUUUCUGGGUGUUACGAUGGAAUAGGAUACGCUUUGGGAAGUCUUCUAGGCGGAGUAUUGAUAACGCUAUACGAGAUGAGAGUGACGUUCAGAAUUUUCGGCGCUAUUGCUUUAGCGACAGCGAUCAUUCAUUAUAUUCUAUACAUGGUGUAUCUUCGUAAAAAAAUAUGCACGAAUAAAGAAGUUGUAUACAUCGUGCCAGAAGAAUCUUCCAAGCCGGUAUCUCCAGAUAACGACGACGAUUAAGCGAUCAGCCGAUUCGCGAAUCUGAAAAAUAAAAACUGAAUUAUAGUUUCAAGGAGAAGGAAGCUCUGCUUUCUUGAAAUCAUUAUGUAUUCUGUCUCUCUUCUUGGAUCACAGUUUGCUAUGCAUUUUUGCCCUAGAUUGUAAUUUUUACUUCUAUAAUUUGGAAUUGUGAUAAUGCGCGUAAUUAAGCGAUAUUUAGGCUACCCUUUUUUUAUUUUCUACUUACGUAAGUUGAAUAGUUAGGAGGUCUUUUACAGACUGUUAGACUCAUUAUCGUUACAUAUUCCUUUUUCCUUAGUUACCAUUCGCGUUGUAUGUUUUUAUUUAAAAUGUAUUUUUAUAACUUUCA